AUGGAUCUUCGGAAUGCAUCUAUGGUGACUGAGUUCAUUUUACUAGGCUUUUCUGGGCCAUGGGAACUCCAGGUUUUCUUCUUUGUGACGUUCGCCUUGAUCUACGGUGCCACUCUUAUGGGAAACAUCCUCAUUAUCAUCACAGUGACGUUUAGUUCUGCCCUUCGAUCGCCCAUGUACUUCCUCCUGGGAAACCUCUCCUUUCUGGACUUGUGUCUCUCCACCGUUACCACCCCCAAGAUGAUCACAGACUUGCUGGCUGAGCACCGGGCCAUUUCUUUGUGGGGCUGCAUGGCCCAGAUGUUCUUCAUGCACUUCUUCGGGGGUGCUGAGAUGACGCUGCUCAUCACCAUGGCCUUUGACAGGUAUGUGGCCAUAUGCAAACCCCUGCACUACAGGACAAUCAUGAGCCACAGGCUGCUGAGAGGCCUCGUGGUACUGUCAUGGACAAUUGGCUUUAUACAUACCACGAGCCAGAUGGUAUUAACAGUGAACUUGCCUUUCUGUGGCCACAAUGUCAUCGACAACAUAUUCUGCGACCUUCCCCUUGUGAUCAAGCUUGCUUGUAUUGAAACAUACACCCUGGAGCUAUUUGUCAUCGCUGACAGUGGGCUGCUCUCAUUGAUCUGUUUCAUCCUCCUGCUCGUUUCCUACACUGUGAUCCUGGUCACAGUCAGACAGAGGUCAUCUGGAGGGCUCUCCAAGGCUCUCUCCACACUGUCUGCCCACAUCAUUGUGGUCACUCUGUUCUUUGGACCUUGUAUCUUUAUUUAUGCCUGGCCAUUUAAAAGUUUUUCAGGAAAUAAAGUCCUUGCUGUAUUUUAUACUGUUAUCACUCCUUUACUGAAUCCUCUUAUUUAUACCUUAAGAAAUCAAAAAAUGCAAGAGGCUAUGAAAAAAUUACAGGCUCAACAUAUAUUCAAAGAAUAUGAGACAAAUCACACCUGA